AUGGCGCUACAAGUUAGAAUUCAUCUCAACCAUUCAUUAACUAGAACAGUUCCUAAAAUACAUAACCGUUACUGGACUGAUGUCGUGUAUUUAGCCGUUCGAGGCUAUGUUUACUUAAAGGGAAAUCGAUUCACUUUGAUUACUGACCACAAGCCCCUGGUUUCCAUCUUUUCAUGUAAAAAGGGUCUCCCAGUCCUUUCUGCGACAAGACUUUUGCAUUAUGCUCUUGUUCUGCAAGCUUAUAAUUUUGAUAUCGUUUAUCGCAAUACAAAGGACCACGGCAAUGCUGACUGCUUAUCACGUCUACCAUUGAAAUCUGAAGAACUGGAAUUAAAAGAUGAUAUUGCAGUAUACCAAAUUUCCCAAAUUGAAACCUUACCCGUUACUGCCAAAGAUUUAGCAAAAGCCACGCAGUUCGAUGAACACUUGGGAAAACUUUUAAAAAUAUUACAAUAUGGAGGUCAAUUAGAGGGGAAGGAAAAAUAUACCUUACAGGAUGGGUGUAUUAUGUAUGGGCAACGAGUGUGUAUUCCAGACUGCUACAAAGCAAAAAUACUAGACGAGUUGCAUCAUGGGCAUCUUGGUGUAGUAAAAAUGAAAGCAAUUGCCAGAUCUUACGUGUAUUGGCAAGACAUUGACCAAGACAUAGAGAAUUCUGCGAAAAACUGUUUGGACUGUGCUAGGUUCAAAACGGACCCAGCAAAAGCAAAAGUUCAUCAUUGGGAAUAUCCCAGUGCACCAUGGGAAAGAGUGCACAUUGAUUUCGCAGGACCUAUAUUUGAACGGAUGUUUCUACUUAUUGUUGACGCACAUUCAAAAUGGCUUGAAGUUUACCCCAUGAAGACAGCCAACUCAUUCAAGACAAUUGAAUGCCUCCGAGAUUGCUUUUCACGUUUUGGACUACCUGUAGUGUUAGUUUCCGACAACGGCACACAGUUUACUUCACAAGAGUUCCAAACAUUUAUACGAAGCAAUGGCAUUAAGCAUAAGACAUGCGCCCCUUUCAAACCAUCCAGCAAUGGACAAGCAGAGCGCUACGUGCAUACAUUAAAACAAUCUCUCCGUGCCAUGCAGAACUUUGCAGGAAAUAUCCAGCAAAAGGUUAGCACCUUCCUCAUGCAAUAUCGCAAGGCUCCUAAUAUGACAACUAUGAUUAGUCCGGCUAUGCUUUUCCUUAAGAGAGACAUUAGGACUAGAAUAGAUCUUGUUCUCCCUGACUUGGUCGGAAGAGUCAAUGAGAAGAUCAGAAAAAGCACGUAUGAUUUUCAAGAUCGUAUUUUUCACGAAGGUGAUAAGGUGGCUAUUCGAGACUAUCGUUCACCCAACGCAAGGUGGAAAUUUGGAACAGUUAUGAGCAAAGAUGGAGCUCUUCAUUACACAGUUAAUGUGCAAGGUACAUUGUAUAGACGCCACGUAGACCAAAUGCGACCAACAGGAGACCAGAUCUUGGAUAAGACUAUUCACGUUCCACGAGUUAGUUUCAGCAGUGAGACCUCACACAUCGGCACUACUGAUAAUUCUCCUGAAUCCACUGAUCCUGGCGGAGAUAUCCAAAACCACUCUGGAUCCGGCAAAUCAACACCAGAAACUCGCCAACCAUCUCCAACUAAGAAACCGAGUUCAGCUGUUUUGCCGAGAAGUACUCCAUCUUCAACUUCUCAACAAACUCCAUUUCAGCCGAGGCGAUCACAAAGGAUUAGACGGCCCCCUAAGAGACUUGACCUUUAA